GUUAAUUGGAAGACCCGUUACGAUAGAAGAUGGGACCUAGUCGGAUCGCCAAUCUCGAUGACAUUAUGGAGACAGAUGAUCAGCCGGAGGUGGAUGGGGAGAACGGCGCGAAUGGAGGGAGUCAGAAUAGCGAUGAUGCUCUUCGAGUUCCCCUGUUUUCGGAAAUUCUCCAAUGUUCAAAAGAAUUUUCUCCUGCACACCAGUCAUUAGCAACAAAUAUGGUUUCGAAGGGCAUUCUGACGAAAAAACAUUUUUACCUCAGCUUCAUACGCGACAUCGUUUCCACAAAGCUGAAAAAGAAUCCGUGCGUCGUGUCAAAAAUCUCAUGCACCAAGGAGGAAUUGGACGAGCUAGUCACAACACUGCUAGAGCAAAUGAACCCUCGACUAGCGGAACUCGGUCUUCGUUUGACAUCUGUCACUGAUGAAGAGAAUGGACGCGAAAUGGUGGUUUUGGUAACGGAGGAUGUGCUCCCCAAGGAACUUCGUACUAUUACCGGCUUCAGUGAGGAAGAGCUAGUGCUCUUUUCACGUUACAUGCAAAAAAUGGUAGAAUGUGGUGGCGAGUGCGAUCAGUCUUGGGCUCUACAAGAGGGUUCAAAGCUUCCGAAUCCGAUGUCAAUGAUGAAAACGCAGGCAUUUAUUGACAAACUGACAAAGUCCGGAUGGACUGUUGAAAAGGAUGAGAAUAUCCAACUGGCAGCGAGGACUAUCGCGGAGUUGGAGCCUGUUCUCGCUUGGAAGUACGGAUGUCCGAACUGUGCUCUUUGCCAGAAAGUUGUUGUUCGAAAAUUCGCAGCUGUCACUUGUGAAUCUUGUCAUGUGCACGUCCAUCGCCAUUGUUGGAAUCAACUUGCUGCGGGUUGUGAAGCUGAUGAGAUUUCAUGUCCGGGAGCUAGUGUCAAUGGAUGCACAGCAAUGCUUUCGAAAACAUCUAUCGCGGAAAAUACUAAUUGAUCAUCGUGUUUGUUCUGACUAGGAAUAAGUGCAUGUGUUUUUCUGCAAUAUAUAGGUAAUUUUCCCGAAUACUGCCGGCUUUGUUGCGGACUUCCGCGUCUCUUCUCUCUUCUUACGUCUCUUCUUGUUAGAGUUCGCUGAGAGUGCAUUUUGAAGAGGCGCAGACGAUGAGAG